AGUAUUCUAACUGAAAAGAAACACUACAGAUUCAAAGACAAAGAAAGAAAAAAAGUGGCCUUUCUUUUUUAUGCGCUGAAAGAUUGAAAACUUGGUGCAUUUGUUUGGGUUUUAUGGAAAUUUGAAUCGAUUAGCUCUUGAAAAUUGCUGGGGAUUUGAACAAAUGUUGACAAACUGCAUGAUUCAAUAAUGCGAAAUAAUAAAGCGUUUUCACAUCACACCAAGGCUAUGUGACAUUAGCAGAAGUUGAUCGUACUGUUCCAUGUAUGUUUGUAUCGAUCAAGUCUUCCCUGGAAGGCGAGUUAACCAAUGUUACAGCAGCAUUUGUGAAAACCGUUGCGUGUAUAAGACUGCUGAUAUUCCCAUCUGAAACAGAAAAUGCCAAUGGAUUUAUCAUUCCACGUCGAAACUGUUACAAAAGCUUCAUGGAUUUAACGAUUAUUUAUUUUGGCUUGACCGGUGUAGAUAUUAAAGAUAUUGAAGGAUUACUUAUAGAAUAAACAUGUAAACUUCAUGCAUUAAGACGAAUUCUAUACCUUAACCCCACUGCGGGUUUAAGGGACUUAAAAUUAAGACAUAUUCUUUAACGGUGAAAGAGUGGAAUAUAGCGAAUGGGGGAUAUAAAGUUUUUAUUACGACUAUGCUAGUUCACACUGUGUUAAUGUGUAGUUCUUACAGUAUAAGUAAAUUAGCUUGCCGUAUACGGUUGUUUAUUUAUCAGUGUUUUAAAUCAGUCAUAUCUUUUUAUGGUUGACGUAAAACUGUUCAGUUCUUCUACUUUAAAAUACCUUUGUCAUUUUCAACAAGUGCUUUUAACCGGUAGUGGAAAAGUUAGAGAACGGCGUUUAUAUCUUGGAUUUUGUUUGGAUCGAUUUAUCAUAGGAAGAUCAGUAUACUUACUUAAGCAUAGGUAUUUCAGUAAGUUUGCUAAAUCAAAUGAACAAACAUUCAACCGACUAGAAAGUUGAAUCGUUGAAUCACACUGUCUCGUUAUGUACAAUGUAAUGCUCACUUGUAAAUUUAAUUGGAUCCUUAAUUAUUUAGUUUCAACGUGAACGCUAAAAGGUGAAAACAUAGCAGUUAAAGAUAAGGAGAUUCGUAAGGGAAUAGGUACACCACACUGUUUUCAGUUUUCUCGAAGGAGUUUGUUUUAUCGGUGGAAUAUGCUAAGUGCGUUUAAUUGAAAACACAUGUGUCUUUUAAGGAGUUUAGAAAUAUAACGAUCUGUGAGGGGAAACAGGGGGUCGUUCCUCGUCUAGAGAGGGAAAUCUGCAGCAAUAUGUAAGAAAAAAAUGGAAUAUUUGCUGUGAGAGUUUACUCUCUAGCCCCUUUUGGGGUCAGCUUAAAUUAAGGGAUCCUUUUAGGGGUCAUUGAGAUAGCAAAGGGAAUCCCUUUGUAGAAGUAGACGGACCAGUGGUCAACUAGGCGGCAGUGACUUCCGUUAAAAUGACGGAAGUAGAAUCUGGGGAGAAUGUUGGCCUGUUGGUGCUUGAGGCUAAGUCUCUACGGCCCUUCCGGUCAAAGGAUGAGUAUCUGUACGCCAUGAAGGAGGAUCUUGCCGAAUGGUUCACGUGUCUUUACAAGGAGAUCGAACUUGAUGCUGACAACUUCUGCGAAGUGAUUGAGACGGGCGCCCUCCUGUGCCGGCAUGCCAAUGAGGUCCGGAAGUUCGCGGAGGAACAAAAAUCAAAGGGCGUCUAUGAGACGUUGAAUUCGAACUUCGUACGGGAUAUUCAGAUACCAAAGUUCGACGUCCAGUACCGGAAGGACGUCAAACCGGGGACGUUCCUGGCUAGGGAUAACAUCUCAAACUUUAUCACGUGGACGGCGAAAAUGGGUAUUCCGGAAGUGCUACGGUUCGAGACCGAUGAUUUAGUUAUGAGAAAGAACGAGAGGAGCGUGAUAUUAUGUCUACUGGAGGUGGCAAGAGUUGGGGCCAAAUUUGGGAUGCUGGCCCCUACCAUUGUUCAAAUGGAAGUGGAAAUUGAUAAUGAAAUACAGACCGGAGAACCCCCUCCCCAGAUCAAAACAUGCGACGUAAAGUCCCUGGAUGAAAUGGUUCGGGAGCUGGUGGGACGAUGCACGUGUCCUCGGCAGUUUCCCAUCGUCAAGGUCGGCGAGGGGAAGUACAAGAUUGGGGACAACCAGACGCUUGUUUUUGUCAGAAUUUUACGGAAGCACGUGAUGAUCCGGGUGGGAGGCGGCUGGGACACUCUAGAACACUACCUGGAUCGCCACGACCCCUGUCGCUGUGGAUUUCAAGGUCACCGCGGUGGCGCCAAAACCCCGGGCACUCCUAGAAGAGCUAGCACUCCAGCCACGCCCAAAUCUGCAAGCACGUCCAAAUCAGCUCCAAACACUCCAAAAACGCCCCGGAAACUGUCCAUGACGGCACCGGUUUCGCUCAACAAUACACAUUCCGGAAGUACAGCGCGUCCGGCCUCGCCGCGUAUGCGCAGUGCAUCCCCCGGCCCUAAGGUGCUUAGUUUGACUACGAAAAACAGCGUCCCUCAACCAGGAUUAAGUGUAACUUCUCCUGUGAUUUCAAAUAAGCAACCCAGCUUUACAAACUCCGGCGGUGGUACGAAAGUGUCACAAAAUGGAGUAAGUACUUCCGGUGGAUAUUCUAAGGGGAGCUUUGUUAAACAAUCUCAAGCGAAUCUCACCAGACAAACCUCCACGAGCUCCAUCGGAAGUCAGCCCGGAACCACGCCACGCGGGUCCUCUCCGGGCCCCCGGCGGAGCGAAUCCCCCGCACCUGUGAUAGCAGCCCGCCUACGAAGCCCGUCCCCCGGGCCGACACCCAAGAAAAAACCCGGGGUGGUGCGUCCCCAGUCCGUCCCCGCGACUCAGAGAUGCCAGUCUCCAGUCAAGCAGAUCACCAUGUCAGAACUCAGAUCGUCACGUGAUGGUAAAUUGACCAAUCAGCAAUCGACGCCUAGAGGCAAAGUACGACGUCAGACGUCAUCGGAAUCUACAAAGAGUCGUGAAUCCGAGUCAGAAAUGGCUACUGACGCUAGUGCGUUCGCGAUCGAAAAGAUCAGCACAAUGUCAUUGGGGGAGUUUAAAAAUCUCCUCAACAACGCAAUGACAGUGCCCAACGGAAAUACGGAAUCGCAGGCCAGUUCUGAAUCUCCUCGGUCACAAGGCAGUGUGGACAGUUUUCGAAACACUGGUACUAAAACGAACCGGUCCACCUCUGCGAAAAGUGCAUACAAUUAUAGGUCGGUGAGUUCGAAGGUCAACUCUGGUUUGAAGCCAGCUACGCCUGCUAAACCCACGAUGAACUUGGACUCAAGUAGUGGGUAUUCGACUUCACCUGCUUCUGAUAGAACAUCGUCUUCAGUAGGAGGUACAGGGUUUAAAGGUGUGAAGUCAGUAACUAGUGCACCGAACUUGAUCACUGGAUCAAGUCACUACAAGGCUCCGUCAAGGACGGCGUCAAGCACCAGUGUUCGAUCCUCAAUUUCGAACACAAGUCACCAAGGACUUAAAAAUUCAAGGUCGAACGCGUCGUCUGUUAGUGACGCCUCGUGCACAGUUCAGAACAGCUCACGGACUAAUUUCAGUAGCAGAGCUAGUUCGCAAAGUUCCCUACAUUCGUAUGAAUCGAGUAUUGACGAUGGACGAAACUUAAACGUUGAAAAUGGGAAUGCUAAGCCAGUAUUAUCUCCUUCGUCAGUAGAUUCGGAUUAUUCAUUCGGAACAAGUUCGGAUUUCUUGCGAUCAAAUUCGUACACACCGUGUUCAUCCGCAGAGGAUAAAAAUAGACUUGACCAAUUACGGUCAAACGCACGUGCUAGUAGUGAGCCACGUGAGGUCACUGAGUCGAAACCGCUGAACGUUGGUUACGCCUCGUUUUCGUAUGAUAAAGAUGAUAACGAAUGCAAUGAACUCGAUGAAAUUGAGAAUGAAAUAAUGCAAUCAAACAUUUCAGAAACUAGUUCCCAAAGUGGUAACCAGUCAUCCAAUAUGCGGCCACAAACUCCCUCCGGCAGAACGACGCCAUCUUUUUUACCGCGGCCGGUGACGCCGAAAAUUUCUAGAAAAAUGUCUCUUCCUCAGACCGAGGCUAUUGAACAAAUAAGUGCCAGCGAGAAAACACGCGUUGGGCGGCCGCCGACACCGAAAAAAUCAACCAUCAUUGCUCGUGCACACGCCUCCGGCGUGCGAUCAGCCGAUAGAAGCAAAGAACAGACGUAUAAGGAAAUAUUCCAGAAACGUUCCACAACACCGGGACCAAAUUACGGUUCCAACUCACGGCCCCCCACAGCGAACUUUGGCCGUUCUAUGACCCCAGGGCCGUAUUUGAACAAAACGUCCACGUUACGGGCAACCUCCGCUACUACGAGUCGCGCACGGAUGAGUGAGGCGAAGGAACAAAUGAAAGACCCUCCGUUGUCCGUGUUUAAUAAUUCUAACAGGUCUCAAAGUACUGAGCGUAAAACUCUGACUAAACAGAAAAGCGAGGGAGAGACUGUGAUAGUGGUGAACGUUGAUCGGUCAGAAAAUAAACACUCUAUAGACAUUCAGGAUGAAAAUGAUGCUUUAAGGGCUAAGUCCGCUGCAAGUCCCACGGGUAAGGGCAAGGUUCUCGCGCGUGCGCGAACGGAAGAUGGCCGCGCGCGGACACCCACACGAAUGAAUCCCGGAACGCCACGGCAGCGGCCUCAAAGCGUCGAGCCCCGCCAGCUCAUUCCGAAAAAUAAGACUUCAACUGUAAAAACCGCUGAGCCAAAAGUAUUUGACCGAACGCAAGCUUGGGUUCAAACCGCUGUUGAACAAACUAAGACAAAGGUAAAGAAAACUAAACCCACUCGGACUGUUAAUCCACAUUUAAGGCGUUGUAUGACGCCAAACUCCUUCGACAGAACGUUAGAACUUGAACAAGAAGAACCAAUGAGUUUUGAAGAGAUCAAAGCCAAGCUCACAUUGCCAAUAAAUGGUGUAAUGGAAAUUAACCCUGACCAAUUGGACGCGCCACCGGAAGAUCCGGAAAUGUACGCCACAAUGGAGGCGCUCUUCCAUGAGCUCCGGCAGCAGGAGCUGAAGAACUCUGUGAAUGAAACUCCUGGUAGUGCAAACAGUAGUAAAGUUGUUAAAACGCGCUCACGUUCAUCAAAAUCAAACAGUAGUUGUAAUGACGAUGAAAUGUCAUUGGACAGUAACAAGAAUGUUCGAAGGAAGCCUUUAUCUGUGUCAACUAAGAGUUCGUCUAACGUGACGUCACCGUUAGUGUCAAGGUCAAACAGACGUGCUUCUCAAACUUCGACGCGACCUCAGCCUACGUCAAGAACUAGUUCUGUAUCCAGUAGCGGUGCUGCUUCUGGUAUUAUAACAAAUGGCGUCACUUCCGCGCGCAGUACUGCUGUCAAUGGUAGACCAAGUUCUCCUAGCCCAGCCGUUGUAUCACGACGUCCACCAUCCCCUAGAACUACGUCACAUCCUCCUCGUCCUUCUUCCCCGAAAGUGACGUCACAACCACCGCGUACUGUGUCACACCCUCCUCGCCCAGCGUCACCUAAAGUGACGUCACAGCCAGCACGACCUGCGUCGCCAGUGGUUACUAGACCCGCAUCCCCAAGAACGACGACAACUUCAAGCUCGAAUUCGUCACGUGCAUCGACGCCAAGUCGACAGCCACCGCGCCCAAUGUCAACGCCGCCGCGUCCUAGUAUGCCACUGCGACGCGUGAGUUCAAAAUCUAGUGACGACAGUGACGUUUUUGAGAAAGAAAACAAAAGUGGUACUGAUGGAUUAAUAAGUAAACUAAAAGAAAUAAUCAAUGUGAAACCACGUAAAGACAAAGCUGAUGGAGUUAAGCAGAGGUCUAGGAUUCCUGCGCCUAAAUCGCUGGCAAGUAUGGGAAAGUCAAAGUCGUUCACAAAUCUAUCUAAUUUGUCAAACACUGCGCCCAUUGUUCAUAACUCCAUUGAUAUAAGUUCAAAAGACGAUGGGCACGAACCGGAAAUGAAUGGAUACGCGGAGCACAUCAAUGGCGGCCUAAAUGUUACCCUUUCUGGUCGCUCUGAGACGCCGGGUCCAAAGUUGGCGACGCCACUCACAACCGGAAGGUCUUCGCUCAUCCGGAAGGAGAGUAUGGAAAAGAACAAAAGCACUGCACGGCUUUCACGUGCGGUCUCGGUGGAAAGGAACAUGGGCGGUCUUAAUAAUGGAUAUAAUUUUUAUGAAGAUUUAGGGGAAUUUGUGUGAUUUGCUUGGUUUUACUAUAAUAUGCGUUGUGCUUAAAGUAGAAUUCGUCUUCUUCAACAAGAAAUAUACCUUUGCCUAAGAUGAUUACAAACAUUUUGGUUGGAAUUGUGGAAAUACCGGUACCUUAGACGAUGGAUGGAAUUGUGGAAUAACCGGUACCUUUGUAUUUGCCAACGUUGGCAAAGUGGAAUAACCGGUACCUUAUUAUUUGGUUUCAUUGUGGAAUUACCGGUACCUUAGAAUUUAGUAGGCAUUGCGAAAUAACGGUGCCCUAGUAUUUGGCUGAAUUUGUGGAAUUACCGGUAUCUUAGUAUUCAGCUGGCAUUGUGGAAUUACCGGCACCUCAGAAUUUGGUUGGCAUUGUGUAAUUACCGGUACCUACGUAUUUGGUUGGCAUUGUGGAGUUAUAAUUUUAAAAUUUUGGAUCGGACUUGAAGACUAAAGUGAUUAGUUGGUUGUGUUCUAGUUGGUUUAUAAAAAAACAGCAGGGGUAUAUUGCUUGUUGAAGAAAUCGAAUACAGUAAUAUAUACAUACUGGGUGCUUCAAAAGUAAUGAUAUUGAAACUGUGAUAGGAAAAAAUGUCGUGGGCAGAAAUGUUGAUUGAAUAACAUUGAAAUGAGUUUUAUACUUGAUACAAUAAAUCUUGUUUUAAUUAGAUAUUUACGUAUACAAAACUACAUCUAGUGCAUUAUAUACUUAGGACCACUUUACCAAAUUUAUUUCCAUUUUGUAUUGUUUUUGUGUUAGUGAAAUAUUAAGCUUAACUGUGAUAAUUUCGUUUCCGUGGUGACACAAUUAUUUUAUGUUUAUAAUUGUAGAAUCAUUAUCUAAUUUCCAAAGCAUUUCAUGAAUCAGACAUAUUUUUUCUCGUAUGAUAUACAUACAUGUAUAAGCUUAAUUACAGAAUCAUUCUAACUCUAUUCAAAGCCUAAAAUCUGUAAUAGCAAUUCUAUGUAAUUUCAGACAAUCAAUUUUACAAUCUCUACAAGUCAUGCAUUUUAAGAAAUACUCAUUGAAAUUUCAUGGUUCGACACCAAUAAUCUAACAAUCAUUUUUCAGAAUAAUUAUAUUGUCUAAAACAAUUUACGUUUCAAACUUUUGAAUAUGAAAGAUUUUUCAUAUUUUUCUUUCUUUACAAUGUGUUUUAAGGAGAAAAAUUAAAAAAAACGUAAAUCCUCUUAUCAUUGGGGGGGGGGGGGGUGCUUUGAUUUGAUAAUGUAAAGCAAACAAUAGAGAUACAGGAAUACUUUUUGCACACUUAAUUUUGUAAGUGCAUUAAGACCAAGGUCCAGUGUUGAUCUUUUGUCAUAAGAUGGAUUGUUUCAAUAAUACCCAGUUCUGUUUUCCACCCACUGUUUGAGAUUGAUUUUGCAUUCCUAUGAAACCCAGCAAUGCCUGUUUGUCUGGCUUCUUUUUCCCCUUGUCUACAACAAGCAGUGUUUAAUUAUUCUGAAUGAUCAAGUAUAAUGUUUCGGUCUCUUUUGAUAAGCCUGCGAAAGAAAAGCUGAUGUGAUAUAUUAAGAUUAUACAGGAUAGAUUUAACAAAUAUUUAACGAAUAUUUUGUCUAAAAUACUUUACAUUUUUUUAAGUUUAUUGUGUAGUCAAUAGAUUUUUUAACAGCAUAACAUCAUAUUACUUGAACAUUGUAGUGAUAUACACCAUUGGAUUCUUUUAGCUCAAGAAUUUCAGAAGAUACAUUCAUCAUAUCAGCCAAAACUUUUCAUAGUUGUUUGAACGUCGAAAAUCAUAAAGUGACGUUGAAUGACAUCACUACGAAACAAGUGUGGUGACGUCAUAACUACCUUCCUACCAUUUCACACUUUUUUUUUCAAAAUUUCACUCAAAUGAAGAUUAAAAUUGUAAAGUGUGAAUUGAGAAAUUGGAUGUCACCAUCAGUCAUUCUGGUAUAUUAUUGUGUGAUUAGUGAUCAGAUAUGAUUUACAAUUAUUAACAAUGUUAUAUUAUCAUAAUGCGCCUUUCAAAUGAAUACAAUUUAAUACAAUUUUGUAUAUAGAGAAUAUCUAUUUAUUAUGUUGUUUUCUUACAGAUUUCAUUAGAUCUGGUUGUACUGAUUUGUGACCAUAAAAUGCAAUAAAACUUCUAAAUGA